AUGCAGAGUGUCACUCAGGCAGGCAUAUUCCCUGUAGCACCAGUUGUUGCUCAGGAUGGAGGAGGAGCCCAAGCUCUUGCUACUCGUACUCCAGAGCAGAUGGCUCCCCAAUUUCAGACUCUUGCAGCUCAGCCACUUGGCGUAGUCCAGUCGGGUGUUGUAGCUCAGACCGGUUCAAGAGCUGCAAAGAAGGUUACAUCCCAUAGUAGUAAAGCCGGUCCUCAAUUUCCGGUCGGUCGUAUCGCCCGUUUUCUUAAAGCCGACAAGUAUGCCGAGCAUGUAGGCGCCGGAGCUCCGGUUUACCUUGCUGCUGUCCUGGAAUACCUUGCUGCUGAGGUUAAUUUCGUCUUUGGACUUUUUAGUUCUGUAAUUUUUGCAUAA